AGAGGGGAGGGGAGAGAGCCGCGCCGCAACUUGCUGCGGCUCCUCCUCCCCUCCCCUCCCCUCGCCGCGCCGCUGCCCGGCCCCUGCGGGCUGCGCUCGGCGGGCAGCGCUCGGCGGGAGGCGGCAUCCCCGGGCGCGCCUCUGCGCGGGGCCGGCGGCUCCCGGAGGAAACGUUUGUCAAUACCGUAUAUCACUUGAACAUCAAGCUCUACAGAGACUCGAAGCCUGUACUCGAAGAAGAAGAAGAAAUAAAAGUCUGGGGCUGUACAUGAGCGUGUCUUUGUGCCACUGUUCAUUCGGCGGGCUGACAGAGGCGGCAUUGUUCGCAGGCUGUGGCCGGCUUGGCAGCCAGAGAAGGUGGGGAUCUGCGCCGCGCAUACGGAAUCGGCGAGCGGACGAAGACAGGGGUUGAGAAACUCCUAGAGCUGCAUUAACGAUAAGAGGGAGUUUCACAGCACCUCACUAAUAGAUUCUCCUGGUGCCUUCUGCAUAAUGCAAAUGGGGUCCGGCCCGAGGAGUCCUCGAUAACUAAAGCACAGAAGCUUUUGCUUCCUCACUGGGAGAGCCUGUGUGAAGACCUGUGUGGAUGGUGCUGUAAGAAACAGAAGGUGCACAAAGCACAGAUGCCAGCCUUGUCCAAGGAAUAACCACUUCAUCCCCAAGUGACACCAGCUCCUACUAGUACCAUGGGGCCAGAGGGUGGUUUCUUAGGCAGUGGACAGAUCCACGUCAUCCUCUGGGGAAGUUUGGCAGCCAUGACAACACUCUUGUUCCUCACCUUCCUCAUCUUCCUCUGCUCCAGCUGCAACAGGGAAAAGAAGGCCAAACAUCAGAAUGGAGAUCAUGAAAAUCUGAUGAAUGUGCCUUCUGAUAAGGAGGUGUUCAGCCACUCAAUCACAAGUUCGGCUACAGAGCCCCCUCCAAGCAGCGACCAUAACGGGGCACUCAGCAACGGCGAGGUACUCUCAGAGGAUAGUACAACUGCCUGUAUCCAGCCUUAUGAAGAAGUACAAACAUCUGUCUCUGAUCUGCUAGAUCAACAGGAUUGUCUUGGAAAGUCCCUAAAAUGUCACCAGAGCCGAGAACUACCCAGUAUUCCCCCUAACAAUACCAUGGAAACCAUCAUCUCCGCUAGAAAUGCAGAAAACGAUCAAGGUCUUGGAAUGGAAGGGCCUUAUGAAGUCUUGAAAGACAGCUCCUCUCAGGAGAACAUAGUUGAAGACUGCUUGUAUGAAACUGUGAAAGAAAUUAAAGAUGUUGGAGCAGUAGCCAGCAUGGAAGGGAGCUGUAACAGCAAAUCAAAGGCUUCAUUGACAGUUCCUGAAGGUCAGGAUCAGAUUCCUGAGUGCAAAAUUGAAUCAGCAGAAUAUGCAUCUGUUGACCGAAAUAAAAAAAGUCGCCAAAGUGCUAAUUCAGAAAGCCCUCUUGACAACACACCAGAUGUAGAGGAUGAGCUUCCCCCUCCAGUACCCAUGAAACUCCUUGAUGAAAAUGAGAAUGUGCAAGAAAAAGAAGUGGAAGAAGAAGUGACAGAAGGAGCAAGUAAACCAGAGAAGAGGCUUAGUUCAAUGUCUUACAAGUCUCGAGAGGAAGAUCCAUCUCUUACAGAAGAUGAGAUCUCAGCCAUGUACUCAUCCGUGAGUAAGCCGGGACAGGCCAUCAAGGCACUGGAUUCUCCUUACACCUGUAUUCAAGAAAUUGCAUCUCAGAGGUCCCCAUCUAUUUGCAGUGGCCUCUAUGCAAGUGUGAAGGACUUUGAAAACACCCUAAAUGCUACCACUGUGCCUCAGUCAGCGGACAGACCAAACGGGGAGCUGGAGCCUGACUAUGAAGCUAUCCAGUCAGUGAGCCAAGAAGAAGACAGGACCUUGUCUGUGCCUAACACAAACCACACUGCUCUUUCAGGAGAGAAUGACUAUGAGAGCAUAGGGGAUUUGCAGCACCACAGGGAUUUCACCAGACUUUAACUACUGUGGCAGGCAGAUUUCAGCAUGUGUCUGAUCCGCUGGUAUUUUCAAAGGAACAUGUGAAACAUGGAGAAGGAAGUGCAUCUCCUUCUGAGGAACAAAGCUAAGUAGAGAACAAAAGUUGUAAAGAAGCAGCACACAUUUCAGCUGGGAUGCGAUACCCGCUAGGUUAUUCCGGGUGGUAGAUGGAGGCUCACAGGAAAGGGUAUGUGAGGUCAGAAUGACAACUAGGACAACGUAAAGGCUCCACGAUGACCAGAAUUUGGGAAGGACUGCUGGGCUCGUUGUCCCAAUAGGAUUACAUACCAAAAAGGCUGCCUUUACCCAAAGGCAGCUUUUCAUUUUAAAAGAUUAUUUUAUGUUGUUUGCUUCAAACUGUUUUUCAAGCAUCGUUUUUCAUUCAAGUUUAAGCAUCCUCUUUGCUGAGCAAAUCAUGGAUCAUUGUACCUCAACUCAAACUUAGGUUGCAGGGCUGGGGAAGGCAUGCUCACUUCUGUGUCCUUUGGGAGCUCUGUCCAUGUUCUUUGCAACUAAAGUGCAAACAACAGUACUUCAUUUCACAAGGGACCUACUCCAAAUGUACUUGAAUUUAUUCUGUCAGCUUUUUCUUCUUUUUUAAUGUCAAGGGCUGUAGAAUGUGACUUGCAAUAUUUGAGAUGUGUACUGGUAUUUGUAGGGUUUUUUUGUCUGAUUAUCUGUGAAAUACUGCUUUAAAAUGGCAAGUGACACCCUUAGUGUUCUUGCUCCAUUUCCCUCACAUGCACACAUACACCUACGCGUACACACACCAGACAAUUGUCAUGUUGCAAAAAGUUGUGCAAACUGAUGCGCUAGCAUAAUGUUUAGCUAACCUUAAUAUUGUUGAGUCAUCUUUUGAAGAACUUUGCCCUUUUUAAAGACAAAGUAUUUUAAUAUGUUUGUCUAGUUUAUUAUAUAGGAAAAUUUAUGUACUGUGUUGAGUGGAUAUUUUUUAUUUUACAACGUAUUUUUCAUCCUCAAAGUUUUUGUAGGCUAACUUUCUGUUUUGUGUAACAGGAGGAAUCCCGUUCUUUGGUUGGGCUUUAUUUGGUUUUCCUUUUUUUUUUUUCUUCCCCAUUUUAGAAGUACAUAAAUGAACUUUGGGGUUUUUUUGGUCUUCUUAAGCAGGGAUGUGGAAUAUGCCUUGCUGGUUUUAAGCUCAAAAUAAUGGAGUCUGUGUAAAAGAACACUGCCAAAGGGCAUAAAAGAGGCAGAGAGAGAGUGGUAUUUAGUCUGGGAUAGCCACUGGUCCUCCUUGUUCCCCUGCUAAAAGAAGCAGAAGGGCAACCAAGAACUUCUCAGGGCUCUGACAAGCAGUUUGAAAGCCACUGUCUUUCAAAGAUCUCAAGUUAUUCUGUUACUGUUAAAAACAAAGUACAGUGCUUAGAUUAAAUAAGUAGGUACUGAUUUUUUACUGAUGAGUAGGUUGAUACUUUUUCUUCAAAAAUGGUACAAUGAAUAAAGACUAGUACAAGAAUAGUCCAACUGGCAUUGUGUGAUAUGCAUUUGUACACAGUUAUGUGCACACAUGCGCAUAUAUCCCCAUGUACAUAAGCAUACACAAGUAAUUUGGGCACCAGUAUAAAUUGUGGUCCAAACUUGGUAGUAUUCAACCAACAUUCACAUAUGUAAUAUUUGGCAUGUGCUUGAAGAGUAGUUUAUUUUCAGUUUGAAAUAAACAGUACAUAAACUGAGGUUGGCUUAUACCAUAGUAGUCUAGAAUGGGUUUAGUUUCAGUUCAGUUGAUACUAGGUUUCAAUAUAUUGGAUUGUGUCCUUCUCAGGUCACUGGCCACCGCUCAACAUUACUUGGUACUAUAAAGCCCAAACAUAAAUCUGGUUACACAUAUUUAUUAGAAGUUUAUUAGAAAUUCAUAACUGAAAGAAAUGUAAUUUAUGAGCUUCACCUGUAAGUAGUGCGUCUCUGAGGAGCAGUGCAAGUGUGCAGUCAAACUCUGCCCACAGGGUGAUUCAGAUUUUGUGGAUCCUGACCUCAUGUGACAGUGCAGCACACUUGAUCUAUGACUCUCUUAUUUCAAGGAAAAGCAGUCCAGAUCAGCCUGCAUUCAUCAUGUUCUUGACUGUGCUGCCAUGCUUCCAUAGCUGCAGCAAACAUUUUGCUUCCACUUCAUUGCAGUGCUUUUUAAAGCUGACUUUGGUCUUCCUUUCUGGAGUUUUUCCCUCAAAAACGGUUUCUGUUUCUGUUCCCUUGAAAGUGAAUUAAUGAAGUUCGCCUUUGACUGUUCUCUCCUUCUGCUUCACACUGCUUAAGGCCAAAGAUAAGAUGCAUCACAUUUCAGAUCUUUUGUGCUAAGUCUGGAGAAUUUCUGAAGUCUUUAACUCUGUGUUUGCUGCCUCUUCCUUGCUCAGGGGUACAGGUUUAUAUAUGAAGUCCUCAGUCUGACACCUGCAACUUAGUGGCAGGCAUACCCCAACUCCUGAAAUUCCCAAAUAAAUCUCAAGAUGGGAUCUACAAUCCCAUCUAUGAUCCUUAAGGAUUCUCUUACUCAUUACAUGGAUAACUGCUUUUGGAGAAACAGUAGCAACAUGAGGUUUGUCAGGUUCACCAGAUGCAAUUUCAAGAUCAGUUAAGACAAAAGAUAAUGCCAGUUAAUGACAACAAAGAAUACCACUGAAUUCUUGACUGCAAAAUUUUAAGGUGCAAAAGAAGAAAGUCAAACAUCACUGUAGGAGUGUCCCCAUCAAGAUCAGGAAGUCAAAGGGAGGAGGAGGGCUGCCUGGUCACUCUUUGUGGUCUUUCAGAGCAGAAUCAAGAGUGUUCUUUUGGAGGAAGGGAUGCAAGACUCACUCCUUCCUUCCUUUCCCCUGUUCUGACAGCUGCACCUUGAGACCCCAGGCUUCCCUUUCCACAGUGAAAUCCCUCCCCUUCUGUUGCUUUUUUUUGGUUUCUAUUUUUAACCUGCCUUAUACAGCCUCACGCUGGGAGCUGGUACUGACUUUACAGUCUUGUGGUGCUGACACAUUCCUUCCCAUUUAAAUGACUCUCAGGCUGGUCACAACCUUUCCAGCAUCCACUAGACCCUCAGCCUGGUGAGGAAGGAGCUCAGAUCCUGUACUGCUGCUUGUAACGUCUGUCUGCCCUCAGCUGUUGAGACACUCUCACACUGGACUCUUGGGAUCUGCAAAUAGGAAUUGCCAUCCUGGAAAAGGACACAUGGGGGAGUCCAGAGCUCUCCUACAAUCUCCAUUAUAUAGUCUAAUGCUAAAGAAGAAUGUUUUUUAAUUCAGUCCAAGGUUCUUACGUGAAUAAUUACAUCCCUUGACAAAGAAUCGAGCUUCUGGUUUAGUUCCCUCUUCCCAGAAGUAAGAUCUGUUCCCUUAUGGCUGUUGCCAAUGCUUCCUUUUCACUAAUAUGUUGGAUGGAAAGAUUUUUCCACCAGUAAUCCCCAAAUAGAUUAAUCUGACUGUAAAGAAAAGGGAGUCUCUUUUACUUGUCUCUUCAUUGCUAUUUUUUCUCUUUCACCAUAUCCCAAAAUAAAAUGUCAACAUCCAAAUUGAAGUAUUUGUUACCUGGUGAUCUUUUCUGGGGAAGCUUCAUGGUCUAUUUCUUUGCCUCCAUUUUUUUAGCACAACUAUGUAAUAAGAUCUCACAUCAAAUUGCCAUAGUAAGGCCAAAACGAGUUGUAAUGUGUGUAUAACUGCACUAGUGUAAAGGUCUUUUCUGAUUUCCUUCUGGGAAGUGGUAGAAUCAGGAAAUGCAGUUUGGAUGUCUCUUCCAUGAACCAUGGGAGUUGUUCAAACCACGUACCUAAACCAGUGCUAAACCCGUACCUAAACCAGCUCUAACCUGAUACCUAAACCAGUCUCCCCUUUCUACCAUGGCACAGAAUUGCUUUCUCAGUCAUGGAGAGAAAUAGAUUCUUUACAGAUCUUUGUAGCACAGGCAGGUUCCUAAUUACCACAGUUAGAUCAGUUAUAGUGCCUUUUUUACUAAGUAGCUAGUACUUCCAUACUCUUUUCCAUAUUGUGUUUGUUUAAUACAAAGCUACAAAAAGAUAUCCCCACUUUGUCUAAGUUGGAAACAGCUUUACAGAGACACAUUAAAUGUACUGGACCUCAAUUAGCCCUACAAUAGCAAUAGUCUCUCACAAACGUCCUUUAAAAAGCCCAGUAAUGUAGCUACAAUGACUAAGCUUUGCAAUAAGAACUAUCAAUCUUCUUUUGAAGAGCCUAAGUUUUUCAACAGUGAGCAUUCAGGGCGGUGGUGGUCUUUGUCUGCGUCAACUGUGAAAAAUUAGUUGCUUCAGUCUUUGUAUUACUAUCAACUGCAGACUUGCUUACGUGUAGCAGGAUUCAUGGGGUGAGGGAUGAAUAGGUGUGAGAAUUCAUAUUCCUGACUCACCCAAAGCUGGACCAUCCCCACAGGAGCAACUGGUUGAGGACCAGCUGCCUUGUUCCCUAAGCCCUUGUCUAUCGUGCCUUCAGGGAAUCCAUCCUGCAGGGAUUCUUCUGGGCUGCGUGCGUCUCCAUAGCUCCCUGAACAGCUCCUGUCUGCUGUCUUGAUCACAAUUCUGUUAUAUGCGGUGCUCUCUGUUCAACCUUUCAAUGGUGCUUUUAUAAGAUGCUGGAUAAAUGGUUUCAGUGUGCUUUCUGAAAGCUGAUGUGUAAAGCUGUGGCACAGACUGCUCUCACUAGUACUGUCUGCUUCCCAGGAGUCUGCUGUAGCUGUGUUACUCUGACUACAAAAGGCUGUCAGUGCUUCCCUGUCUCUUGUUCAUCCCAUUCACAGUCAGAAUGGAGUCAUCACAUGUUAAGAAGCCUAGGUUGGGCCACGGGUGUUUAAAAGCAGCCACUCAGGCCAAAUGCCUUGGCUUGAAAGGAGUUAAGAGGCAUGACUCUCAUCUGUGCAGUGUGGGAUUGGAAACAUCAUAGAGAAACAGCUCAAGGAGUUUUUUCUGUCUCCUAUUGUACAUAUACAUUUGUUUGCAAUCUGACUGUAAGAAAGCUGUUUCUGCAACAAACAUUUUCAUUUGGGCCACACUCCAGUGAGGGAUUUUUGCUCUUAGGCAAAUUACCAGUUAUUUCAGAUGAGUGUCAUUUCUUUAGGUUGGAACAUGCCUGGAUAAGUCUGUUAUGUGCCUCACAAGUAACUUGGUGUACGUAGUCUACUGUAAAACAGGACAAUGCAGAAAGAUGCUCAGCCUGACAGAUGUUCCUGUGGUGGUAUGCUGAAGACUUUCAAGUGGAAGUCUUUUCCUGGGAGCAGGGAACAUAAUUGCAAUCCAUAUGAUUUCAUACCCUGGUGCUGAAGUUGAUUUGUAGCAUCUCUUUUGGGAUGGUCAUGGCUGAAGACAUUGCCAGAACAGAUCUCAGCCUCAAAAAAAAGAAAGUAUUUUUAUAUGCCUUGCUAGCUAACAACAUAUGUUGAGGAUUAUGGUAAAGAUAAAUGUUAUGGAUGGAACAUCACCGAGAUAAAAACGCAGGGUUCCCUUUCCUCAAGGAGAGAGAACCCCCCUUUGGUUGGGUCAGUAUGAAAGAUCAGAGGCUUUCAAAAAGUAUUAAACAACAAAAGUAUUAAACAAAUUAGUUGCCUAUGUGGUAAUUUUCCAUGAGUACAUUAGGGUAUCACAUACGCUAGAAACUGUUCUUUCCCUAUGGACAACAGAAAGAUGAAAGCUUAUUUGUAAUACGAGGUUCCCAUGGAUUAACUGAUAAAACUUACUUUACAUGUAAGCCAAAGGUCAGCAAGAGCGUCUACACAAUGUAGGUAUAUUUAAGCUAACUCUAAACGAUCAAGCUCAGGUGUUGUAAGCAGAAUCACUAGAACAAUUUAAUGAUCUACUUGGUCUGACCUGCUCACUUAGCUAACUCCAGCACCCCAAUUUCCACAGCAAAUGCAUGGGUUAUCUUUGUAUUACAUACCCCUUGGCCUGUGCUGUCUAUAGACAACAUAAAACUUACAGUUCUGUUUUUUCAAGCUGUAAGGUUUUUUUCUGGAGCUUUUCAGUUUCAAACUGGCCGGAAGGACAGUCACUACAAACAUAAUAGCAAAGUGCCUAAAAAUAAAGAUGUUUUUGUAAAGAUAAAGUUGCUCACUGUUACUGCACAGCAACUUCUCUACUGUACGUGGUAAUCUCUUGCCAUACACAUUCCUAAAUAUUGGCUUUCAUUUGUGAUGCUUAUUUAUUGUUACAAUGGCAGAGUCUGACAAAGUUUCUGUCUCUGUAAAUCUGUUGUCUAAUUUUAACUAGCAUUUGUUUGUUACAGAAAAUACAAAACAAAAUUCAUUGUUUAGUUUAGAGGGCAGCUAUGUUAUUUCUUGUAGGUUAUAAUAAUGCAACAACUUUCUUAGAUGAUUUACAAAGUAUGUAAGUAUCACUUGACUUCAAGAUGCUUCAUUUGAGAUUUCAGAAUGCCUCCCAUUCACUAUAAGACAAUGUUACCAGCUCUUGUUAAAAUUACAACAUCUUAUAAUAUUGGGGAGGGGGUUUUAAACCUUACGAAUCUUAUUACUUAAAAAAAACCCACAGCACUGAUGUUUUGACUUCCUAAUGUCUGCGAAGAGACUCUCAUGUUUUAACUUUAAGCAUAGGUUGAAUUUGGACUACCCUUUUAUUCAUGGAACUGCUCAUGCCAUGUUCAGCCAUCACCAUCUGAGUAUCUUUUGUCCUUGAUGAAAUAUGGCAACUGUCCAGAGGGCACAGAAACUGCAUCACCUAACACUUCCGAAUGGGACCUUUGGAAUGUGCCUGCAGGAUUUAGAAGCCUGGACUUAUGCUCCAAAGUCAGAUGUUUUGGGGAAAUCACAUCCUGUGUUCUGUGGAGGUCUUCACUUUCUUUCAAGGCAAGAAGUUCUGUAGCUUGCAAGUGCUCAACUGACUUGGAAAGAUGUAAGAGGUAAAGCAGUACAACGUUUAAAUGUAUUAGUAAAAAAAAAAACACCUAAGAGCACAAGAGCCUUCUUUCUCACAUGCCUGAGGAUACUGGAAUUUGGUCUUUAUCUCUGAGGCUAUUUGAGAACAGUCACAUAACCAGUCUCCUCAGAACAUCCUACCAGCAGAUAAGUCUUUGAAUGAGCAUCUGGAUCACUCUGAUGGCUCCUGGGUUUCCACACGUACCACCUUCAUGAUUUCCAGCAGGGCCUGUCUCUACUUUGUGGCAAUGACUACUUAGGAACAGCCCUUUGCUUCACAGUCCUGACCCCCUUAACUUAAGAAACAGGGAUGUGAGCUACUUCUCCUCAGUGUGACUAGUCUUUCUAGAUGAAAGUGUGCAAAGAGCCCACCUGCAAACCCAGAAAAGAGCAUUUACUGUCGAGCCAAGACAGUUAUAGCCUGUUGCAGCAGCUAGGAAGGGAGAGGUAACAGGAACAACAGCUAAGUUUCAUUUGCAUUUCAGCCACAUCACAGACUACCUGUUUAGAAAGAUUUUUGCAAUAGUAGAGGUCACAGUUAAGGGACACAUUGCCAAGAAUCUCACAGGAGGUGGAUGGAAUUGCUUAUCUUCUCAGUAUUCCCUGUAUCCAAAGAGGCAGGAGCAAGUCCUCUCUGCCCCACCAUGAUGCAGUUUGUUGAUCUUUUAUCAGGCCUCCAUAUAAACAGAAAUUAAGUGAAAAUAAAUUCUAAAUACAUGGUUUUGUUCUAUCAUAAACCCAAAAUGGACAAAUGUAGAUGCACUAAUGUAAGUACCAUGUGCAGAUCUGGACUUGCACAGAUGGUUUUAGGGGGGGAAAAACCCAACCUGCAUUACUUUAUUUAAACAGAUCUAUUUGCAUGAGACGAGGGUGCAGGAUUGGACCCUAAGACAAAGUUUAGAAGAGGUUUGGUUUGGUGCUAGGUAUUUUUGUUUUUAUUUUCAGUGAAAUGUAUUUUCUUUCUUUUAUGUUAGUGAAUUGAUACAACUUCCAUAGGAACAACAAAAAAUAGUCUGGUAUAUGGAUAAUAUCUCUAAUAGCUAUUAUUAAAAUCAUGCCUCAGUAGGAGCCACUUUAAAUUGGGUGCUAUAGGAGCUUCAGCAUAAAAUUGCUUUAUAUAUGGAACAUUGCAUACUUAGAACAUAGUGGAUAAAUAUUGGUAAUUACAGACACUUUAUUUUAUCCAUUGUUUUAUAAUGGAAAAAAUAUUUAUUACUGGAAUGGUUUUCCAGCAGUGUUCUCUUACAUAAUGUUCUAGCAACAAACUGUGUUUUCUGGACAACCAUUCGAUUCUCUGGUCACUGAUGCAGAGCUGCAAAACAUCCUCAAACCAGUAUAAUCUUCUAAAAAGAGAUGAUUAGAACCAUCUCUGGCUACCUUAGCAUGGAUACAGUUAAAUAUACUAUGUAGUUCAGAUCUGUAGGCAGUGAGAGCAGUUUGAAGAAAUAACUGUACUAUAUAAACCUGGAGUCAGAGCAUGCAGACUUCCGAGAUGGCACUAGCUGAGGCUGGUGUGCUACAUGAUGGGUUAUUUGGCUUGCUACCUUUCUGAAAUCAAUAUAGUUUUAUUAACACCACUGCAGACACUGAAAUACUGUAGUUUUGCGGAAUGUACGUUCCAUAAAUAGUAGCUUGACUGUAAUUGCAGGGCUUAUCCUACCGGUAGAGCAGUUCAGAUCCAACACUAAGUUUCAUUUUGUAAAUCGAUAAAUGCCAUGAAAUUCCUCUCAACAUUUUAUAGUAGUAUACACGAGUUGAUGUAAUUUAGUCAUACCAUUGUUCCAAGAAUCUUCAUCUGAUGUUUCUAGCCAAUUCAGCUUUUGGCUGCUGAAAGCACAGUAGGUAAUUAUGGUUAUUUACUGUAAAUAUAGACAAGUUUUAUGUAAAUAUUUCAGGGGAAAAAAUGCUACUUAAACAAAUGAGGCAGUUAUCUAAAAGUAAGAACAUAGGUCAAUAAUAUAAAAUACAAGUUUUAUUUAUGUACAGUAGUAUCCUAAUAUUUACUUGUUUAUAUGCAGAAAAAAACCUUAAGAUUCUGUACUGUAUUCUCUGAAAGCUUUUAAGAGAGGCUCUGCCAUUUUCUCUGUUUAAUAUAUUUGGAAAUAACUUUUGAAUUUAUUGGAAAUCCAUGUAAAUUAUGUCAAAUGGGAAACACGUUACAUUGCAAGACAUUAGUUUAAUUCAAAACUCCUGGCAAAAUUCAGUGGAUUGAAAUCUAUAUAUAAAUUCAAUAGCCAGAUAGAAUAAAACACAAUAAAUAAGCUUUGUCUUUUGCUUUGUUUUGUUUUUUU